CUCGUUGCUCCGCUGUGGGGGCGGGAGCGCCGCGGGGGUCCUCCAAGAUGGCGGCGCAGAGGAGGAGCCUGCUGCAGAGUGAGCAGCAGGCAAGCUGGACAGAUGACCUGCCGCCUUGCCACCUCUCUGGCGUUGGCUCAGCUUCCAACCGUAGCUACUCCUCCGAUGGCAAGGGCAUCGAAAGUCACCCUCUGGAGGACAACUGGCUCAAGUUCAGGAGUGAGAACAAUUGCUUCCUGUAUGGCGUCUUCAACGGCUACGAUGGCAACCGGGUGACCAACUUUGUGGCCCAGCGGCUAUCGGCAGAGCUCCUGCUGGGCCAGCUCAAUGCUGAGCAUACCGAGGCCGACGUGCGGCGGGUGCUGCUGCAGGCCUUCGAUGUGGUGGAGAGGAGCUUCCUGGAGUCCAUCGAUGAUGCGCUGGCUGAGAAGGCGAGCCUCCAAUCCCAGCUACCAGAGGGUGUGCCCCAGCACCAGCUGCCUCCUCAAUAUCAGAAGAUACUGGAGAGACUCAAGGUGCUGGAGAGGGAGAUCUCAGGAGGCGCCAUGGCCGUCGUGGCAGUUCUUCUCAACAACAGGCUCUACGUGGCCAACGUUGGCACGAACCGGGCACUCCUGUGCAAGUCCACAGCGGAUGGGUUGCAGGUGACCCAGCUGAACAUGGACCAUACCACAGAGAACGAGGAUGAGCUCUUCCGCCUUUCCCAGCUGGGUUUGGACGCAGGAAAGAUCAAGCAGGUGGGGGUCAUCUGUGGGCAGGAGAGCACCAGGCGCAUCGGGGAUUACAAGGUCAAAUAUGGCUACACUGACAUAGACCUGCUCAGUGCUGCCAAGUCCAAACCUAUCAUCGCUGAGCCAGAGAUCCACGGUGCACAGCCACUGGACGGGGUGACCGGCUUCCUGGUGCUGAUGUCCGAAGGACUCUACAAGGCCCUGGAGGCAGCCCAUGGGCCUGGCCAGGCCAACCAGGAGAUCGCCGCAAUGAUUGACACUGAGUUUGCCAAGCAGACCUCUCUGGAUGCAGUGGCCCAGGCCGUGGUGGACCGGGUGAAGCGUAUCCAUGGUGACACCUUUGCCAGUGGGGGGGAGCGUGCCAAGUUCUGCCCACGGCACGAAGACAUGACCUUGUUGGUGAGGAACUUCGGCUACCCACUGGGAGAGAUGAGCCAGCCCACACCCACCCCAGCCCCAGCUGCAGGGGGCCGUGUGUACCCCGUGUCCGUGCCCUACUCCAGUGCCCAGAGCACCAGCAAGACCAGUGUCACCCUGUCCCUCGUCAUGCCGUCCCAAGGCCAAAUGGUCAACGGGGCCCACAGCGCUUCCACCCUGGAUGAAGCCACUCCCACCCUCACCAACCAGAGCCCGACCCUGACCCUGCAGUCCACCAAUACACACACGCAGAGCAGCAGCUCCAGCUCCGACGGGGGCCUCUUCCGCUCCCGGCCCGCCCACUCGCUCCCACCAGGCGAGGAUGGCCGAGUGGAGCCCUACGUGGACUUUGCUGAGUUUUACCGCCUCUGGAGUGUGGACCAUGGUGAGCAGAGCGUGACGACAGCGCCAUAGGCCUGGGCAAGGAGCGCAGCCUCGCCGGUCCACGCGUGGGGUGCGUGGGGACGGCCUUGUGCUGGGGGCCAGUGGACACCUCCACGUCGUGCACCAGGCUCUGGCCCACGGCACUGCAGGCUGUGGAGCUCACGGGUACAAACUUUGUGGCGGGUGUGCACCUGGCCACCACAUAGGCUGGUGGCUGGGUUCGCUGGGCAGCCCCAGCCAGGACCAUAGCUGUCCCUCAGAGCAGGGUCCAAGCAUAGGCGCUGUGGCGACACAGUGGGACGGGGUCUUGCGGACCCACGGUGCCUCCGGCCAGAUGGAAUGCUUGCUCGAGGCCACCCCCAGAAUAGCCCCUGGACACCACUAGUACCCUUCGUCUCUGACCGUGUCCCCCGCCUCUCGGCUUGCGGUCCCCGUGUCCCUGGGAUGGCCACAGGAGCAGCUUAGGUGUGGCUGAAGAAGCACGAGGCUGGAGCCGCCAGAACAGAGCGCCGGUGGCUGGGCGUCCCCAGGGGCGCAGGAGGUGAGCUGCCUCCCCAGCCGCUCUUCUGCCGGCCCCGCGCUGCAUCCUCCGUGCUGCUGCUGGGGAGCCCCAGUAUCGAGCGGCUGAGGGUGAGGUUGGACUGCUUCUGGAUGGCAGCCAGAGGUGACAGUCUGGGCUGGGGGCCUGGCUGAGAGAAAAGACUGGGCAGUGGCUGUGAGGGAAGAGGAUCCUUGGAGUCCUGGCCAGAGCAAAGCCCAGGAAGACAAGGCUUUAGGGGUGUGCAUGAUAUUUCCAAAUAGGGAGGGAGGGACGGGCCAGCCAGGCCCUGAGCUAGAUCACUGGCAGGCUCCGCCUUGGUGGGGUCCACAGAGGAGGCAGCGGCCGCUGCCUGCCCUUGUCCAGAGCUCUAGCCUGUGGCCUUGGUGUGGCGUGUGGUUCACAGGUGCUGCCCUCCCUUCCCCCCAGCCCCCAGCCCCACAGUGAGGGCACAGCCGCAGGCAGUCAGGCCACAGUGUUGUCCUUGCUGUCUGUAAAGCCAAAGGCCAGUUCCAGAGCCCCCUGCCCGCUCUGGCCAGGAGUCUGAGUCCCUGCAGCAGAGCCUGCCCCACACAGUACUGGGGACACUGCCACCGAAGAAGCAGAGAGAAAACGGGGAUGACAGCCACCCGCCCUGGCUGCCCUCCCCUGGGAAGCCAUCUCUGCUGGCCCGCAGAUUUUGGGAACAUGGGACUGUCUCAGGAAUGUCUGGGGAAUGCCUGGUGCUCUUACUCUAGAAAUGGAAUCAUGUUUGUUGUUAAUGCAAUAAGGAAGCACGUGGUGUUCUCCGCCA